CAACCCAACAGAGACAGACAAACAGACAGACAGACACAACAGGAGGGUGGCGGCCAUGGUGGAGGAGGGAGGGCAUGGCUUACGUCAAUGUAGCCGAAUGGAGCCCUGACCAAGUCUCCGAGUGGCUCAAAGGUCUGGAUGAGGUCAUCUUGCCAUAUGUUCGCCACUUUGCUAGCAAUCAGGUGGAUGGGAAGAGGCUGCUCCAGCUGAGUGCUGACUCCCUUCCUGCCUUACGAGUUACCAAAGUGGGUCACCAAGAAAUUAUCCUCCAGGCUGUUGAGCUGCUCCGAAAUAUUCAUUACCAUCUAGAUCAAGAAAAUGUGCAAUACCUUGCCCUGCGCCUCAGCUCCAAGGCUCACAGUGUGUACAGUGAACUCCGGCAUGCUGAGAGUGCUGCCAGAAGCUAUGGAGGAAGUGCUGGUGAAGAGGAGGAUGGGGAGGAGGAGGAGGAGGAGGAAGCUGGGAAGCUGAGGGGAGCCAAGAAGAAGCAGGAGAGGGUGUCAACAGCAAUCAUUGGAGGAGUGGCUGAUGCACUUUCCUCAGUCAAGGGUUUGGUGUGCUGGCUCAACCGGCAGCCAUUCGAGGGUAAGGAGAGGUAUGACAACAUCAAGAAAUUCCUGGUGGAGCUAAGCAUACGACUUGCCACCAUUGCUCAGCGUGACAAGUUUGCGGAGAAUCAGGCCAGCCUCAUCAAGCAGCUGUGUAAGAACUUGAUCAACGUGUCCGAUGAAAUUAUUCAGGAGUCUUGUGAUCCCCUCAUCAUCCAGCCAGCCUCACUAGAUAUUGCCACUGUCAAGAAGAAAGCUGAUGAUGAAUGGGGACUAGUGUUGCAGUCAUCAUAUUAUGGCGUGCACCAAGUGUCAGGAGUGCGUGCCCUCAGUCCAGCCUACCAAUGUGGCAAGCUGCAGGAAGGUGAUGAGCUGGUGCAGGUCAACUAUCAGACUGUGAUUGGUUGGAGUCCACACAAGGUGACAGCUGUGAUGCAAGAGUUCCCAGUGGAGGUGAUCCUGACUGUCAAGAAACGGCCACGCCAUGCCAACACUGUAGCACAGAUUUACUACCUGAAGCCCAUGCGCCUGCCCAGCAAGAAGAGGAUAUAUUCACCCUGGGGGAACCCUCUGGCGUCUUCCCCUCGUAUUGACUUACAGAGUAUCCCCAUCCUACCCCUAGCUGUAUCUGUGGGCAAGGUGGUCAUGAGGUGUGAGGAGGCCAACUCUGUGCCCACCCCCAAGUCCGCCACACCACCUCCCCCACAGGCCACACCCUCCCCUCAGCCACCCUCCUCUGUCAGUGACGUUCCCAGCACAACAUCUGACCACGAGUCUGAAGAGUCGGACACAGACGAUGACCCAUUCUUGUCAGACGGGGAAUUGGCUGGGUCCUCUCCAACCAGCAUGAGGCUCUACCACCCCAAGCCCCGGGUGCCGGUACAGCGGCGGGCAACCAUCCCGGGUGCCACCACCCGCCCAACCCUCAGCUAUAACUGUUUGCUACUGGAGGAUGUUCGGCGGUGGAAUAGAGAGCCUCGAGGUGGCCUGGCAGAGGGCUCAAACCCAGACCUGUUGCGCAGUCCUAAUGGUGCAGACACUCGCCCCAUCCGCCCCCACACUUACAUUGGGGCAGAGAGCAAGACAAGGCUGUCAAGGGAAGGAAAAAAGCCCCUGAAGGAAGGACUAAUGAGGACUACCAAAGUGACUGAAGAGGUUAGAGAGGAUGAUAGUGAAACAGAUAUCAACUCUCCCCACAGCCAGUCUGGGGUUAAGCCAUCAUCAAGUUCAGAGUUGAACAAAGGAGUGGUCAAUGUCAUUCCUUUGCCACCAAGAAAACCCACAAACCAUAUUCAAUCAGCUUCCCCAGCAGUGGCUCACCGAUCUCUGGCAUCUGAGGACAAAGGGGCUGGGGGAGCCCGGAGUGCAGGGGGACUCUCCUCCAACACCCCUCAAUCGCCCGCUGAACAUUUAGAGAAAAUGGAGCAUGGCCAGGAGGGGCGAACUCGCAGGGUUUCUGAAGAUAGGCCAAAAUUGGAUAAGAGCCACAGUACUCCUGCAUAUGACAUGGAAGGUGAUAUUGGGCAGGGAUCACUUUCUGCUCCACUAGCUCCUGUCAAGCCUGCUAGUCCUUCAAGGCGUUCACCUGCCCCCGCCACAACUAGUGCUAGUGCCCAGGUCUCAUUAGCAGCGGGAGUGGGUCCAGGGGAAGCUGGGCCACCUCCUCCUCUUCCUGCUCCUGCCAUCACCUCCAAUACCUCAACCACCACCACUUCCAUCAUCACUACCACCACCACUACCACCUUUUUCACCACCACCACCACUACCAUCACCACUACCACCACCUCACCGUGCAGCAGUGAGGGAGGUGAGGGAGGGAGGGAAGGGGAGGAGCAACCCUCAGAAGCACCAGUGGUUAUGAGGGAGACACGCAGCAGCUCACCCUCUGUAUGGCGCCGGGGUAUCUUCGUCUCGGACCGUGGGAGUCGCUGCAUUUCCUGCCGGGAGCUUGGACAGGGCGACCACCAGGGCUGGCUGUACCGCCGCCGUGACAACAAGGGCUUCCUCCUGCCCCACCGAUGGGAGCGCCGAUGGUUUAUUCUUAAGAAAAAUUACCUAUAUGGGUACCGGGACAGGGAAGCAGUACGGGCUGACUCCCUCAUCUAUUUGCCAGGGUUCCAUGUCUGUCCUGCUACUGAUGUCAAGGCCAAGAAAUAUGCCUUCAAAAUAUACCAUUCAAGUGGUGCUACUUUCUACUUUGCAUGUGACACCAGUGAGGAACGCAGCCGCUGGAUGAGCCAGAUGGGGCUGUCCGCCAUCACAUCUCACCACCAUCAGCAACAGCAACAGCAACAACAACAACAGCAGCAACAGCAACAGCAACAGCAACAACAACAGCAACACUCUCACCACCGCCACCUCUUUGGGUCACACACACAACAGCAGCAGCAAGGAGAGGAAGUUUACUACAGUGAGACAGAUGAGGAGCUGGAGGAAAGACCACCCCCCUCCCCUCACUCCUUGCAGUCUCCUCCACCUUCAGCCAAAAGUCCUCCAGGCAAGGAUGGUGGUGGGACUUCCUUAUGGCGUGGAGGCUUAACCAGUCCUGGCCGAAGUAUUCAGAGUAGAGGGACUCCUCUGAGUUCCUCUUUGGCAAUGCUCAGUGGAACCAAGGGACCUAGCCUGAGGUUCUUGCAACCUUACAAGGACCCAAUGAGUCAGCCAGUACCUACAGCCUCCUUUCGCAGUUAUAGACGUGUGGGUGAAAACAGCAGUCGCAGCACCUCCACUGGUGAUCUGAGGAAGGUGAACAGGCCUGAGUCAAGUACUGACCCACAAAAUAGGACUGAGGAAGGUUCAGGUCGGCAAGUGACCAGGAAAAACAGUUUGCGUGACCGCAUCCGCCAACUGCCCACACCCUUCACACUGGAGCGGCGGAGACCAGCAACCGGGAAGAGUACUCAGGACACCCAUAAAAACAGGAAAAAGUCUACAGGGGAGCAGCAGCAGCAGCAGCAGCACCAACAACAAGGAGAUAAGUCCCAAACUCAGCAAGCAGUCUGUGGACAUCAGCAACAACAGCAGCAGCAGACACGGCAUUUUGAAGAGAAGAUUUUCUUGGUCUCCGCCACAACCACCACCACCACCUCUGUUACUCCCAUCAAUACAAACACCACCACUCCCACCGCAACCACUCCUGCUCCAACCCCAGUCCCUACCAUCACCCUCACCACUAUAACCCCAACAUCCAUCACUACCACAACCACAGCAAAUACUACUACAACUACUGCCACCACCACCACUGGCAGCCAUGGGCCAUUACAAAUUAGUUCCGUUCAGGCCACUAUCACUCCACACCACCAGGUUACUGCAGAAGUUCAGGUAGUACCAAGUGAAAGCAACGGAACAAGCCAGCGCCAGAGGCCACGGUAUAUGCUACCCACCCGGGCUAGUAGCCAGCACUCCCCCGUCAGGCCGUCCUCUAUUGAUCUGGACAGCCGCAGUGCUAGUAGCUCCAGCAAGGGCAGUUUAGGGCGAUGGAAUAGCACCCCCCCGUCCAGUGGCAGAUGCAGUCCCUCCAAGUUUGAGGUGAGUGGAAGGAGAGGGAGUGUUGGUGGAGAGUCUCCCAUCAGAUCAGGAUCACCCCGUAGAGGUUCCCUGGAUUGCUUGGCCUGGCCUCAUCCCCGGGCACUCUCUCCACCCACCUCUCCACUUCACACACCCACACGCAGUUCACAUGGCUCCACCAGUAGCCUUCUGGCUUCUGAGGAAUACCGUGAAGGCUCGCCAGAAAAGUUGUGGAUCAGUUCACUACGCACAGACACCUCCAGAACCAAAGGAACUACAGUCCGUUGCACAGUUGAAAGGAAGGAAGGUCGUUCGCGUUCGGGCUCUGGAGAAAACGGUGCCUCUGAUCGCCUCAAACGCACUGCCCUCUAUCACCCACCACUCCUCCGUGGCCGCACUGAUCCAAUGAAACCAGCAUUUGAAUUGGUUUUAGACCCAUAUAGUGGACAGGUUAUAGUUGAUGGCCACAUAGAAAAUGUAAGGCCUUCUAAGACUCCCUCAGAGGCCUCUCCACCUGAUAGUAUGGGCCACCCAGUGACCAUCACAGUGAGCAGGCGACCACAAAGGCAGUUUCCUUAUGCUGAUGCAGGGACACCCUCUCGGCCUGAGGUGCCACCCAGGACAAAAUUUCUCUCUCCCAGUGAGCGAACACUCCCAGCUUCCUCCUCUUCCUCUUCCUUGCCUUCCUCUCCACCUUUUAUCCCCACAGCCUCUACACUUUCAUCCAGCACAUUGUCAGUAUCCCCUGCUUAUAGCAACAGUUCCACCUCUUCUCCAACUUCACACAUUACACAGCUACGUUCUUCGUCCUCUUUCCUACAGUCAAGCAGCCCAGGGAACUGUCACAAUACCACUGUCACUAGACAUGUACCCAGCCUCACCAUCAGCACCACCACAGAGGAGACGGAAACAAUGCGCACACCUCUCAAGCCUGCUAUGGGUGUGUCAAUGAUUGGAAAGCAGAGGAGAACCCCUGGUAUCAUGUCACCCCGGGACCUAUUCUUUGCCUCCCCUCCAUCCUCCCCAACUCUAGCAUCUGUGCCCUCUUCAACCUCUCCCCAUCAAGGAAACAAGACCCCAGUGCCACCCAAACUACGUAACCAAAAGAUCUUGCCCCACUAUCCAGGGAUGGAAUACCCCCCUGUGUUUGAGCCCGGGUCAUAUUCCCUGUGUGGCAGCCCAGCAGACCAAACAAUGUCUCCAGGUGACCAUGACCAGGAUGGUGGCAGUGAGGGUCGCUCAGGUAUGGAGGGCCAUGUAGUAUUUACCGUAGCUCAGGUUGGGAUGACUCACAGUGUCCCACACAUGAGCCACAAGCUGAUGUCAUCCCCAGAGACUCCUCCAAGCAGGGCAAGCCAGGAGCAGCACAGUAGUUCAGCCAGAGAGUACCAUUUGUCCCAGCGGAGUACGGAAGUGAGUGGUUAUGGUGGUAGUGGGGGUGCUGGUGGUCCCCUCAGUCCUCCUGCAUCAGUCCGCCAACAUGCUCUUCAUAUCUUAGUUACUGCUCAAACCACUCCUCGCACUGUUCAUGCCUCUGACUCACCCCAAAGUAUCUAUGUUAGUGCUCCUGUAUCAGGCUCCACUUCACAUCACCAAAACAUAACCACUUCCUCUUCACAUUCUGUUGCCACUCAUCAUCAGUGUUUGUAUGUUACUACCCCAGUACGCCCUUCCACCCAGCAGAACAUUAAUGUGUCCCAGCCAUCAACCUCCAGCACCCCUCUCAAGAAACAUAGCACUGGUGGAGGUGGAAGAACAGUGUCUCAGUACGCAUUUGGCUCUCCAAGUCAAACGACUACUCGUCCAAGCCCAGAAAACAAAGCUUCACAGCCAACCAAACCACAGAGAUCCUCCAUGUCACUUACACCUUCAAAACCGCACUUACCAACACCUCCAAACAGCUCUCCCAGCAACAAGGACACAGGAGAUAACCAAAGAGAAUAAUCAGCGUAGGAGUUCUUGUGGGAACUUUUGGUGCAUGCAGAUGAUGCCUUACUGGUGCACCUCACACAAUUGUGUUGAGAGGAAUUGUGGUGCUUUUUACAUAUUUAUCGCUCAACAUCUUCAUUUCAGGUCACUUUCAUGUGAUUCCCCUCAAGUUUGGAAGCCAAAUUAAGAAGGCUUUAAAAUAUGUGCUUUCAUAGAAUUAGGAACCAAAUAUUUAAGUAAGCUUUGAGACUACCUAGCCUCAGUAGCCCCUAAAUCUUAAAUGUUAUAUUUCCAGUUUUCCCCCAAUAUCAACCCUUCCAGCUGUGUAUGGCAUGCAGCAAGUGAUCUAUCAACCCUUUCCACAUAUCACUGAGCCUGUUCAUCACCUAGCUAGUCCACCUGUCAGAUUAAGUUAAUACUACAGCUGUAGUUUUGUUGUUUAUGUAUGUGUUUACCCACUUACAAGCUGCAUGCUUUUGGCAAAUUGUAGUAGUUUUUAAUAGCAAAAUCAACUAACAGAAAGUCUGAUAAAGAUAAAGUAAUUAUGGUCAUUUUACUGCCAUUAACUACUCUUGUAUCCAAAAUCCUCACUGCAAACUAAAUAUCUUACUGUAAUUUGCAUAAAUAGGUGCUGAUGUUUUCAGGCAUUUUUUGGUGCAAUGUCCACCAUUUUUAUUUUAAAUUAUCUGGGCUUUGAAUGCAUGAUAUUAACUACUAUGAAUUAUUUGAUAAUGAAUUAUUUACUAAAGUGAAACCAGAUUGCUGAGAUCAAAUUUGUGUUGGCUCCCGUGAGUCCUUUCCUCCCCACCGCUCUGGUACACAGUCCCAACACCUGCCUCUUCCUCUCAUAUGUUACCUAUAACUAACAUAUGAAAGGAAAGAUAGGUGUUGGGAUUGUAUGGCAGAGUGGCGGGGAGGAAAGGACCCACGGUACCCAACGCAAAAACGAUCUUGCCAUAAUGUAUGUCGUUCUAUGAAAAUUGGGUAAUGAAAAUGUCAAACCAGUAAUUAAAACUGAAACAACUACCAAACAGUUGGUUAACUGGUACAGUGAUACAUGUUUGUAUGAAUAUCUGACACCUAUGAAUUUUUAUUUUAGUGUUUAAAAAAGCCAUAUAAUUCAAAGACAUGUACAUGUAAUGUUGCAGUUCUCUUUGACACUGACUGAACUUUACUUGACUGAAAACAAGUUGACCCUACACCUGGCAUUUAUAAUAUUUUAGCCAACUUUAGGUAUGCAAAAAAUCAUGCAUUAACACUCACUAUAUCCAUUCAUCAACUUCCUCUCACAAACAGGGGCCUGGUUAGUGAAUUUGAAGUGCUAAAUAAAUGUACAUAUCAUACUGGCAACCAAAUGUGUAGCAUGUUACGAAACAUUUCAGGCCAAAGUCUCAUGACCGCUUAUAAGAAGAGUGCCUUGCAAGUGGGUAAAUAUUGUAUUAUUUCAUUGGCCAUUCUCCUUUACCAUGUUAAUUCACUAUAUGUUUGCCCCCUUUCAAGUAGUCCUUCAUGUGUGUACACCUUUAGGAGUAACUCAUCCAAAAUGUUCCCCAAAACAAA